UUAAUGAGGUACACAGGACGGGCGCCCAUGGUGACGUGGUGUCGGUUCCCAAGCGUAGCAGUUUGGCUCCCACGGCAGUGUGGAAUGCCGUUCCACUUGCGCUUCUUGUCCACCUCCCGGCGAGGAGCACCGAGCAUCCCUCUCCCGCGACUCUCCUCCCACCCUCCUCCGACAUCCUUGCGGCGGAGCGGAGGUGUAAUCGAUGGCGCGCAGACCAAGGAGAGCGGCAUCCCUUUCUCCCGCACUCCUCCGACAGGCUCGCGGUGGAGCGGAGGAGAACUUACGGUGCCUGGACCAUGAUUGGCAGCUCCCUGCAGCAGGACAGCUGGACGUUGUUUCCCCAGCGACUGGGAUUACCAGCGGUGCCCGGGCCCCGAUGCGACUCGGGACCACGUCCCCCUCCACUUGCUUUUGCUGCCACGAGAUGCCGGGGACCGGACAGACGGCCUGCUCCCCGCUGCCUCCCAAUCUGCACUGCGUGCAGCCCUUUCGUUUUGGGCCCUCCACCUCUUUGUUCGAUAGGACGGGCAGGCCGGGACUCCUGGAUGUGAACGUGGUACAACCGCUUACACUUCACUUUCACGCAUGGUGCGAGAUGUUGGGUCCACUCUCACCCUGGUCGUCCAGGAGGCUGAGGUGCGGUUACACCCUGCAGUUUGCAAGUCGCCCGCCUCCCUUCAUAGGAAUCCUCCACACGUGGCUCUCAUGCCCCUCGGGGUGGCUGCGCUAAUGGAGGAAGCAUCCUCACUCCUUCUUCGGGGUGCGAUAACGGAGUUGAGCAUGGAGGAGGCGCACUCGGGCUUCUACUCCCCUGAUUUCUUGGUUCCCAAGAAAAAGGGUGGAGUGAGAAUCAUUCUGGACCUGCGGGUCCUGAACACUCAUGUGGCCGCCGGGAGGUUCCGCAUGCUAAAGGUCAGGCACCUCCUGGAGAGCGUCCGCCCCGGGGACUGGAAGUUCAUCAGAUUCGCCGUGGUGUUUUCAAUACAACCAUCUCCCUUUUGGAUACUCCCUCGCUCCGCGCACAUUCACCAAGUGUGUCGAGCCCCUCCGUUGUUGAGGUCUGACGAUGCUCACCUACAUCGACGACUGGCUGAUACGAGCGCCCUCUCACCGGGAGGCCGUGGAGCGCAUGGCCCUGGUCUUGCACCACAUCGAGCUCCUGGGGUUCAUGGUGAACAGAGACAAGAGCGCACUCAUCCCAGCUCAGCAGAUGGCUUAUCUGGACCAGGAGCUGGAUGCUCUCACCAUGACAGCUCGCCUUUCUGAGGAAGGCAAGCCUCUCUCCUGUCACUCCUGAGGUUCCUGAUCACGUCAUCCACGGUUCAGGUCCACCUGGUCAGGACCGUUCUGGGGAUGAUGGCUGCGGCCCAUCCCGUGGUUCGCUUGGGCCUUCUGCACAUGUGCAGGCUCCAACAGUGGUUCAGUCGCCUCUGCCUUUCGGGGAUGUGGGACAGACGCAGUCCCGCCCCAGGUGCAAAACGACCUCCUGUUCUGGCUGAACCAGUUCUUCUCCUGCAAGGAGUUCCCAUGGGCUGCGUGUCACAUCACGUCGAGGUGUUCACGGAUGCAUCUCUCGCAGGUUGGGGAGGCAUGCUAGGCCACCUCAUGGUGGGUGGUGCCUGGGACUCCACACCCAUUCACAUCAAUGUGCUGGAAAUGACUGCAUUACAGCGCGUGCUGCUCCAUUUCCAGGUCAGGCUGUGGGGCAGCCAUGUGCUGGUCAGGUCAGACAACACCACAGUGGUGGCGUACCUGAACAGGCAGGGAGGGACGAGGUCUCCCUCCCUACAUUGCAAGGCGGUGGAGAUUAUGUUGUGGGCGGACCGGCACCUGUCUUCUCUGAAAGCUCAACACGUGCCCGGGCCUCUCAACGUCGGCGUGGACAGCAUGUCUCGGGGAGGCCCACUCCCCGAUGAGUGGAGCCUGUCCCCCCGAGUGGUAGCCCGACUCUGGCACAGGUUCGGGCCCCCCGCGGCAGUCCUUUUCGCCAGUGCAGAGAACUCACAGUGCCCACUUUGGUUCUCGCUCAGGUCGUCAGACGAACCUGACGCCCUACUGCAGGCAGGGGGCACCCUCCGGUCCCGCCCCAUCCUGGGCAGGAGUCUUUUGGCCUGGAUGCUGAGCUGGUGAGACUAGUUGUACUAGAUCUCCCCCGGCUGUGGUGUCCACCAUCCAGAGUGCCAGGGCCCCCUCCACCGUUAAGGCUCACAGGUCUCGGUGGCGCCUCUUCAUGUCGUGGUGCUCGGAGAGGGAUCUGGACCCGGUGUCCUGCACCGUCGGUGGGGUGCUGGAAUUUCUGCAGGCUUUGCUGGAGAGCGGUUGCGUUGCAUCCACUCUCGCUGUGUUUGCAUCGGCCAUCACGAUGGGCCACCAAGGCUUCGGGCGUUUUUCGACGAGCAGUCACCCACUGAUGAAGCGGUUCUUGCUAGGGGCGUGUCGGCUGCGGCCUCCCCCCAGGCAUGUAGUUCCCCCGUGGGACCUCCACACUGUACUGGAUGGUCUGAGGGGUCCCCCUUUCGAGCCUUUGGAGCAGGUGGAUGUCCGCUUUCUCUCCUUCCAGGCUGCCCUCCUUUUGGCAUUGGCCUCUGCCAAGAGGGUUGGGGAUCUCUGCGCCCUGCCGGUCCAUCCCUCCUGAAUGGCUUUCAGUCAGGACUGGGGACUGGUUCACCUUUGGCCUAACCUGACUUUUCAUCCCAAGGUGAUCACUUCGGAGUUUCGGUGGAGAGUGAUCCGGAUCAGGGCACUUUGCCUGGCUCGCCAGGAGAUGACCCUCGGUUGCGGUUGCUGUGUCCGGUCAGGGCUCUGCGUUGCUACGUUGAGUGCACGACUGGCUUUCACACUACGGACCAGCUGUGUGUGCAGUUUGGGGCCAGGGAGCGUGGCCCCCUGCUGUCCUCCCAGCGUCUUGCCCACUGGGUUGGGGGCGCUAUCGCAGCUGACGAUGAGGCGUGGAACCGCCUGUCGCCUGCGGUGAUUCACGCUCAUUCUACAUGGAGCAUUGCCGCUUCUGCGGCUCUGUGCACAGGUGUCACGGUGGAUAACAUCUGCCAGGCCGCCUCUUGGGCCUCUGCAUCCACCUUUGUGCGCUCUUAUCUGAUGGAUAUGUGCACAGACUCUGUGGCCAUGUCAGUUUUCAGCGAGAACAGGAGUUCUGUCAUUUAACUGUGUUCUUUCUUGUCCAGACCAGAUACUGCUUCCCUGGGGGGAUUCAGGCCGUGUGUGGUUCUGUUGCCUGCCGUUGUGACUCUGAUGCCCUGGCCGGCGUAUGUGUGCCAUCAUGUUACGCUAAUCCUGUCAGCCUUCCAGCUGGGGGUACAUUUAUCCCAACAGCCUCCGCCUUGGUAGUGUGCGAGUAGCGAAGCCCGUAGGUGGGCUAAGCAUCACAUGAAGUAGAAAUUAUAGUUACUAAACGUAACUACAGUUCUAUGAGUGUGUGCUUGCCCACCUACCUGCGAGACCAGCUGUCCUGCUUCCGUUUCUCCUGGGCUGUUCAGAAGAAGGAAGUUGAGCGGGUGCACACUGAUUAUAUCCCCUUAGUGAGGGGCGUGGCAGUGUGCCAGUGUGCAUGCAGGAUUGGCGCGUCAGUUUUCGGAUCUGUCUCAGUGAUUGGCUGGCGCCAGGGAGGGUACCAAUAGCAAAGCCCGUAGGUGGGCACGCACACACUUGUAGAACUGUAGUUAUGUUCAGUAACUGUAAUUUUCUAAACACUGAUCGUUCACUGCAGAACAUCUGGAUGGAGCAAACGGUGGAGGUUCCUCUCUCUUCACUGUAGGGUGAAGACAUCCAGAGGAUCUUGCUCCAGCUCGCUCCCCCCGCCGUUAAAAUAACAUUUUGAUACACACAGACCUGUGUAUGCACAGUGCGCCGCGGAAGGAUAUACCGGCGCACAGUAGCUGAGUCUUUGGCUUCUACUGGUGUGCUCCGGUAUAUCCUUCCGCGGAGCACUGCGCAUGCGCAGGUCUGUGUGUAUCAAAAUGUUAUUUUAACCAAUUGAAAAGAAAACACGUCUUUUAAAAUGUUUUAUAACCAUUCGGAUUUACUUCACGUGCUAAUACGCCGUCCCCUGGACCACUGGAAGGAGUAUUUUGUCCACUUUCGUCAGUCCGGCUCUGUUCCCUGUUGACUUCCAGCAGUUGAGCUAAGCUCACUACGAUGGUAACCAGCCACUGGACCAAGAGAUACAAAAAAGAUCUCACAGCUGAGGGAUCACUGACGUCUCUGAGCUGCAGGGGGCAGCAGCUCACCAGCAGAACCAGGGCAGACCAGCGUUCACAGGAGCAGGAAAUCAGAGGAGGGUUGGGCUUCAAACCUGCUAAGCAGGAAGAGAAACUCUUCAAACACUGGCCGUUGUUGAGAGGAGGAAAUGGCUCAGGGAGGAGCUCAGAUGGAUCCACUAAAGUUCUCUUGUUCCAUCUGUCUGGAUCCCCUGAAGGAUCCGGUGACGGUUCCCUGUGGACACAGCUACUGCAGCAACUGUAUUAAAAGACACUGGGAUGAAGAGCAAAACAAGGGAAUCUACAGCUGUCCUCUGUGUGGGGACAAGUCCAGGAGGAGGCCUGACCUGAGGAAAAACAUCAUGUUAGCAGAGUUAGUGGAGGAUCUGAAGAAGACUGGACUCCAAGCUGCUGCAGCUGAUCUCUGCUCUGCUGGACCUGAAGAUGUGGCCUGUGAUGUUUGCUCUGGGAGGAAGCUGAAAGCUGUCAAGUCCUGUCUGGUCUGUGUGGUCUCUUACUGUGAGGAACACCUCCAACGUCACAAUGAAGUACUUCCAGUGAAGAAACACCAGCUGGUGGAGCCCUCCAAGAAGCUCCAGGAGAAGAUCUGCUCUCUUCACGACGAGGUGAAGAAGAUUUUCUGUCGCACUGAUCAGCAGUGUAUCUGUUACCUCUGCGCCAUGGACCAACACAGAGGCCAUGAAACAGUCCCAGCUGCAGCAGAAAGGAGGCAGAAGCAGAAGGAGCUGGAGGGGAGUCGACUAAACAUCCAGCAGAGAAUCCAGGAGCGAGAGAAAGACGUGAAGCAGCUUCAGCAGCAGAUGUUUGCCAUCAAUGUCUCUGCUGAUGAAGCAGUGGAGCACAGCAAGGAGAGCUUCACCCAGAUGAUCCGUCUCCUCCAGAAAAGAAGCCUUGAGGUGAAGCGGCAGCUCAGAUCCCAGCAGCAAACUGCAGUGAGUGGACUCAAAGAGCUUGAGGAGAAGCUGCAGCAGGAGAUGGCUGAGCUGAAGAGGAAAGACGUCCAGCUGGAGCAGCUGGCACACACAGAGGACCACACCCAGUUUCUCCACAGCUACACCUCAGUGUCAGCACUCAGUGAGCCCACACACUCCUCCAGCAUCCAGACUGCUCCUCUCAGAUACUUUGAGGAUGUGGCAGCAGCUGUGUCAGAGAGCAGAGACAAACUACAGGACAUCCUGAGAGAGACUGAAGAGGUGCUACUGCUACAACCACAGCCAGAGAGCAGAGCAGACUUCUUACAAUAUUCACAGCAGAUCACUCUGGAUCCAAACUCUGUGAACAGAGAGCUGAAAUUAUCUGAUGGAGACAGACAAGUAACUUUUACAAAGGAAGUUCAGCCUUAUUCUGAUCAUCCAGACAGAUUCACUGUAUGGUUUCAGGUUCUGAGCAGAGAGAGUCUGACUGGACGUAGUUACUGGGAGGUGGAGAGGAGAGGAAGAGUUCUUGUAGCAGUCACAUACAAGAACAUCAGCAGAGCAGGGAGGGGAGAUGAAUGUGGAUUUGGAUAUAAUGACAAAUCUUGGGCUUUAUAUUGUGGCCCAUUUACUUUUUGUCACAACGACAUCCACACUCCCGUCUCAGGUCCUGAGUCCUCCAGAGUGGGAGUGUACCUGGAUCACAGAGCAGGUAUUCUAUCUUUCUACAGCAUCUCUGAAACCAUGACUCUCCUCCACAGAGUCCAGACCUCCUUCACUCAGCCACUACAUGCUGGAGUUUGGCUUUAUGGUUAUGGAUCCUCAGCAGAGUUUGUGAAACCUGAGUAGAGGACUCCAUCAGAUCUCCUUGUGUGGUUUUCUAAAGGAGCCUCCACAUUUUCUGAGCUGAGACGAUGAGAUUUCUGACAGGAAGAAGAUUGAAACCAACAGAUGGCCGGCCGUCUUCUCAGAGACUUUCUACGUGGACAAAAGGAUGUGAGACGAGUGUGGAGAGACAGAAAGGAGCUGAGUUAGUGGAGAAAAACAUGGCCGCUGCAGCCAUCAGUCCCCUCACUGAUUCCUCAACUGAUGCUUUUCUAAUAGUUGGACUCAUUUUUCAAGCUUCUCAAACAGGAUGUUCUUCUUCACGGACCACAGGAAGCUGCAGCUUUUCACACUUUGGGGGAUUUGAAGUGGAAAUUAGGAGCUUUCACAUGUUUGGAUUGAUCAAUCUGUCUUUUUUCAUGAUUCUUUUCUGACAUUUGAUCCUUCAGAGUGAAGAUUUGUGGAUUUUCUUGAACAGUAAACUGAUUGUUUUGGCUUUUUGGAUCUUCAUCUGUCACCAAGUGGCAGGAAGUUUGAUUCUUUUAGCUGGAAAUGACUCCAGUCGACAACAACGGUCAACAAUUUACACACACACACACACACACACACACACACACACACACACACACACACACACACACACAGGUUUCUUUUAAACACAUUAAAUCAGUCAUAAAGUGAAAUGCUGCUUUAUUAAUUGUCAAUUUGUUUCUUUUUCAAAGGUUUUUGCUUCAAAUGUUGUUUGUGUGACGCCAAGAGAAACCAAGUCAGUCAACAUGGAGCCUUUAAUAAAAUACAUUCAGUCAUCAUUCUAGUCACACACACACACACACACACACACACACACACA